AUGGCCGAAUCUCACUCCGACCAGAGCGAAAAUGAGAUUAACGACGAGCGCCCUCAAGAAGAAUCCGGCGAAAAUGAAUCCGGCUCUGAAUCUGAAUCCUCCGAGUCCGACGACGAUGAUUCCGACGGCGGCGGCUUGCUAGAUACCAUGGCCGCUGAAGGCAGCGACGAAGAGUCCAGCGAUGAAGAAGACGACGACAUUUAUCACCGCGAAGACCUCACCCAGGAUCCCUAUCUCGACUCGUUUCCCCAGUUUGGUCGGCUUCCUAGUGAGUUGCGCAAUACCAUCUGGGAGCUGUUCUGUCCGGAACUUUGCGCUCGGCAUCGCGUGCUUGACUUUCAGAUCUCGUAUGGAACAGCCCUUCAUCCCGACGCAGCGAGUUCUUUUGUUUGGACUGUACGCGACGGUAUUGCGCUUGGUGAUCAGACAAAGAACCUCCGCGCGGUGUUUGCUGUUCACAAGGAGUCGCGCGCUCUAGCCACCAAUGCCUUUCCUGAUUCUCUGAGCAUCGAUGCUGGUUCUGGAGACGCCACUGUUCGCUUCAACAAGAACUCAGACGUUGUUCUGAUGAAUGGUCUCAGUUGUCCACCGGGGAGAAUGGUGUUUCACCUACCAGGUUUCGCCAGCGAGGUCAAAAACUUUGCGAUUGGCGGGCCUAACAUCCUCGAUGAUCUGAGCGGUCCCGACGUACCAGCGCUCUUGAGGCAGUUCACCCAGCUGGAGUGCUUCUACGUGAACGUCUCGAGUACGGAUUGCCAAAAGUCCACUUUGGGCUGGUGCACAUCAGAUCUCAUCAACCGCUAUCAAACGCAAACAUACGAAAAACAGCCUGGUCUCGGAGAAGACCUGCAGUUCUUGUGGUGCUGGCCUGAUUUACAGCGACAUCCAGACUUUGCGACAUUCCAGAUCGACAGGGAUACUUGGGAUAACUUGCCUGAUCCCCUUGGGAGCGAGUUGGAGCAACGAGGUCUCAAGGCAUGGCCCAUGGUUGCUUUUGAGUACGAGCGUGGACUUCGACGGUUUGAGUUGCUGCAGACACUUGGGCCUGAUCUCGGCGACGACACUUCAGAUGAGGAUGAUGACGACGAUGAUGAUGAUGGCAACAAUGGACCCGACCUCGAUGAGUAUGAAAGCGAUGGCAUUGACGACGAUGAGAUUGUCGAGACGUAUGACCCCUCAGACGAAGAGGGCAUCUCAUUAGCCAGCGGUUCCCCUCCGCCUGUCGCCCAAGAAAUCUCCGACGAUGAGGAUGAUGACGGCGCUGGCGCAAACUUUUCAAGUCCUGAACCCGAGCCAGAAGCAGCGCCCGUGCAGCGCGGACGCAAACGACGAGUAGUCUCCGAUUCCGAUGAUGAAGACGAGGAGGACGUGGAACCCACAACGAAGCGCGCGAGGACUCGGAUCGUUGAAUCUGACGAUGACGAGGAUGAUGAGCCAGAGGUGCAGGAACAGACACAGCAGCGCUCAAGGGCAAUCGUGUCAGAUGAUGAGGAUGAAGACGAAGGCGGCGCCCACGCAAGCGACUCUCCCAGCGAAGAAAGUGAAGAAGAAAGUGACAACUCAGAAGACGAAGACGAACCGCCCAAGAAACUAUCUCUCGCUGAGAGACUACGUCUCCAUCGACAGGAGAACCCAGUGGGCGAUGAUUCAGAAGCUAGCAGCAGGACUGCAGACGAGGAGAGCGAAGAAGAGCGGAAUCCUUUCACGAUGGGCAUGGCGGAUGAGUCAGAUGGAGAAGGCGAAGUUGGCUACGACGAAGAUGACUAUUAA